CAAGUGAUUCUAAGUCAGGAAAUAAGUCCAGAAACAGAUCACGAUCCAAAAAUAGAUCCAGAAACAGAUCGCGCUCCAAAAAUAGAUCCAGAAACAGAUCGCACUCCAAAAAUAGAUCCAGAAACAGAUCGCGCUCCAAAAAUAGAUCCAGAAACAGAUCGCGCUCCAAAAAUAGAUCAAGAAACAGAUCGCGUUCCAAAAAUAGAUCCAGAAACAGAUCAUGUUCGAAGAAUAGAUCCAAAAACAGAUCACGUUCAAGGAAUAGAUCCAAAAACAGAUCACGUUCAAGGAAUAGAUCCAAAAACAGAUCACGUUCAAGAAACAGAUCCAGGAAUUUGUCACCUUCUAGAAAUAUAUCCA